AUGGUUGGGUGGAAAUGGAUUUUAUCUGAACAGGCAUUUAUGCGGAUGGAGGUGGUAAUAACAUCACUGAAGCUUCAAGUUGCUGCCGAUGCACAGUUGAUUGAAGGAUUGGUGCAAACCCAAAAUAAAUUUAAGUUUGAUGUAAUAGCGACGUAUGACGAUACAACUACGGCAAUAUCUGGGAAGGAUCUUUGGCGGUUGAAUGCUUUUGGAAGUAAAAGCGCAGCUGCUAAAGGGAAAAAACAGUCUCUUGUGAGACAGGCCUUCAACGAUGCACAAGGUAGCACAUCAUUAACACUGGGAUCACCAUUGAUGUUUGAUGAUGUUGAGAUGUCCAUCGAUAUGACAUCCCUCUUGUGUCAUCAGGUGACGCAUGUCUGUGCUGAGUUGUUUAAAAACCCAAAGUCUGAUCCAGAAUUUGAAUUCUCUGCUGCUACAAACAAAGCCACAAAGGCUUGUGCAGAAGUACCCUGUGCUGGUGUGAUUGUUACUGAUAAUAAUAUUGCCGUAGAAGAUGGCACAGUUCUGAAAGAGAAUAAUCCGAAUAAUCCAAUCAGCCUAGACAUAUCGUAUGAUUCAUUGGUGUCUGGCUCUACGAUAUUUGGCAACAAGUUGUGGGAUCUUAGUCUAUCUGGUAACACUAGACCUGACGGGACUGGAGACGCCAUUCUGAUUGAUGAUCAGGCAUUGACAAGUUCUCAAAGAGAUAUUCCAUUUGCCGCUGGUACAACCAUGACAUUCUCAGAUGUGCAAGUUAACGUAGACCUCACUGGGAAGAAAUGUGCAGAGAUACCAUACAUUUGUGCAACUCUUUCCAAAGGAAGAAGCCCAAGUCGAGAUUUUACUUUAUCUGGCUUACCAGAUGAAAGCGUGUUCACUGCUUGUACUGAUUACAUAGCUUGUGAAACUGGAUGCCCCGAUCCAAGGGCAGCCAUUGCUGGCCAUGUAAAAGUUCCUGAAAAAUCUUUUUACUCAAAUGAUGAUGUAUUCAUUGUUUGUGAAGAGGGCUAUAUGCUCAAUGGCGUUUUGAACCUCAUUUGUAAUAGUGAUGGUACAUGGUCAGAUCCCUUGCCAACCUGUGAUAAGCUUGAAUGUCCCGACCCACGACAAGGAAUACCUGGACAUAUUGUUGUUCCUAAAGAAACAUUUCAUGCUGGUGACAGGAUAGACUUUACAUGUGAUUCUGGCUACCAACUUGUUGGUAGUCCAAUAUUAACUUGUAAUGAUGAUGGUACAUUGUCUGGAGAACCACCAGUCUGUGACAAGAUUGAAUGUGCUGAUCCCAGGCAGGGUAUACCAGGACAUAUUGAUGUUGAUGAAGAAACUUUCGUCCAAGGGGAUUUAAUAAAAUUUGAGUGUACAGAAGGGUAUGAUCUUGUUGGUGCUGAUACUUUAGCAUGUAAUGAUGAUGGUUCAUGGUCAGGACCUUUGCCAGAUUGUAUCAAGAGAAAGAAAGUAAGAGUCACUGGUUCUGAUAUAGCACCACGUCCAGGAACAAAAAUAUUUGAGGAUUCUCCAGAUAAUCCUGUUGAAAUUGAUGCUAGCUUUCCAACUGAUCCGAAAGGUGAUGAUGCCUCAACAGGUGACAAUCUCUGGAACCUUGACACGUGGUUAAGUAAUGAUCCUGAGGGAUAUGGGCCACGUCUUUCUGAGAACAAUCGAGUACUGACACCAAAUCAACGUGAUACCUAUGUUGAUGCUGGUGAUGAUCUUGACUUUCCUAGAGUUACAUCCAACUUUGAUACGCAAGGGCUGAAGUGUGAUGAUAUUAAAUAUAUUUGUGCUGAGUUGAGUGAAGACCCACGUACUACAGGAGACUUUGACUUAGAAGGAGUACCUAACAGUAAUAUAUUAAGAACCUGUGUGGAAUUGGAUUGUGAAAUACCCACAAAGUCCCUGAUUGUUGUUGAUGUUGGUAUUGAUCUAACUGGAGAUGACGAAGUGACAGAAGAGGAGCCUGUUAACCCAAUCAAUUUUGACGUUGGUGUGACCUCAUCUCCACUCAGUGAUGACAUAACUGGAGAUGAUUUGUGGCAAAUGACAGCGUUCACAGCCUCUGAUCCUCAAGGCAAACAAAACAAAGAUAUUGUAAGACAGGAAGUGUUAUCAAAGCCUCAGAGAGACCAGGAUCUUCCAUCAGGCUCCACUGAGGAUUUCCCUGGCUUGACCGCUAAUGUCGACAUGACAGGAAAGUACUGCAAUGAGGUGAAAUAUUUCUGUGUUGAGUUAAAUAAAGGAGUAUACGCUGAUCCUUCAUUCAUUAUUCUUGGAGAUCCUUCUGAUCGGCUUGACUGUGUGCCACUAAGAUGUGCUGAAGCUCCAGUACCCCCAGUAGUGAUCACUGAUACAGAUGUUGACUUGUCCGGUGACAACAUGAUCACAGCAGGCGAUCCUUACAAUCCCAUGGAAUUUGAUGUAAUCAUCAAAACAGAUCCUAACGGAGGGGAUGCAGUAGGCGACGAUUUAUGGAAAGCCACGGUUUUUACAAGUACUACACCUGAUGGCAGCCGAAAUAAGCGAGUCCUUGAUGAGCAAGUACUAACACCAUCCCAAGAAGAUCGUGAUAUCCCUGCUGGUGAUACCGCGACAUUCCGUUAUCUUGAUGCCAAUGUAGAUAUGCAAGGCUCCACGUGUGCCGAUGUCGGGUACCUGUGUGUGGAGUUCUCAAAAGGAGAAUAUGCCUAUCCUGAUUUUGAGUUUAGUGGUUCACAAUCUGUCCGAACAGAUUGUAUUAAGCUUAAGUGCGAUGAAGGUAACCCAUUCCUUGCUGUCCGACUGCCCUUAUCCUCAAACUGCCCUCUUGUCAUGGUUAAGGUAUCUUAUACAUUUGUAUCUGAUCAAUGGUGUAACCCUUUGUAG